AUGGUUGAGCAGUUUGUUGGAACAUGGAAGAUAAUUUCCAGUGAGAACUUUGAUGAACUUCUGAAGGAAUUUGGUCUGGGAGCAGCCAAACUUCACGAGGCAAACCAGAUCAGACCAACCGUGGAUGAUCAGGGGGUGAUUUCCAUGAAGUCUCUGAAUAUCUUCAAAACUGAACGCAAGUUUAAGCUGAAUGAGCCAUUCCUUGAGCAGGUUUUGAACAAUAAGGACAUGAGGGCUGUGAUAACUCUGGAAAAUGGGAAGCUUUUUCAGAAACUCCUGGAGGGAGAUGGAAAGUUCACUGUGGAGAGGGAGAUCUCAGAGGGAAAAAUGAUUGUGAGAUCCAGAAUGGGAAAUGUGGUGGCAGUGAGGACCUUUGAAAAGGAGGAGUGAAAGUGCUCCAGGAUGAGAAACCCAGCUGGAUUCAUCGGUCUAUUCCUAGAAUGACAUGUUGUGCCCUUGUGCUUUAUUUUCAGCCUUCUACCAACUUGAAACACUAAUGUGU